AUGCAAAGCAAGCCGUCCAGAACCUUCUUACGCAGAACCGGAAGUUCUCGCCCUCCAGCUACCUCCUCAUCCGCACCCGGCCCGCGCGAGCACGAGAAAGUACUAGCCACUGGGUCCUUACCGGCAGCCCUGUUGCGCUGUGCGAUUCAUCUCCUUCCGAUCAUAAUGUCGGUCACAAUUAUCACAAUAAAUCUCAGCGGCAAAUAUAUUGGCGCAGAUUUUAUGUCGCCAGUCAAAUCCGAGACCAUCAAUCUUCUAUUAUUGCAGCUGAUUGCCAAGAGCCAUGAGAUCAUGGUUGUGGCUUCCCUUAGCGUGGUGGUUAUGGAUUUUGUACGACAUGAGCUCAUAUUCGGCGGCGGUGUGCCUUUGGGUCUCAUCAGCGCGGGUAUCAAUUUCAACAGGUUCGAUCUCUUUCUUCGGAAAGAGUUGUAUGGCUCGCUGGGGUACACAGGCGCUCAUGGUAAAGCUUCGCAAGUCCCUUUUUUGUGGGCCUUGUGGUAG